AGAGUGAAGAAGAGAGAAAACCUCUGCUAACAUUAUAUCUUCAAGGGUUGACUCGUCGGUCCUUCCAUUACUCUUCCUCGGCUUGCUGGUCUUCCAACUCGACCGUAUGAACCUCGCGAGCGCGCUGACGGGUGGCUUUGCAACCGAUAUCCGGGUCAACCAAGACACCAUCAACCUCGGCAACCAGCUCAUGUUCCUGGGGAUCGUCGUGCUGGAGAUUCCGUCGAAUAUGCUGUUACAGAAGAUUGGUCCGCGGAAAUGGAUCUCCGCUCAAGUAUUCGUGUUCGGCCUCAUCGCGGUCAUGCAGGUGUUUAUCAAAGAUCGAAAGGGGUUUCUGGCCUCUCGCAUGUUCCUGGGGCUUGCCGAGGCAGGAUAUAUUCCGGGUGCAAACUACACCCUUUCAACAUGGUACACGAAACGUGAAUUAUCCAAGAGGGUGGCAAUACUGUUCUUCGGCAUGUUUGGCGGCAAUGCUCUAAGCCCCUUACUCGCAUCGGGAAUAUUGAAGCUGGAUGGCAAGCAGGGAAUCAAGGGGUGGCAAUGGCUCUUUCUACUGGAAGGCCUUUUCACUAUGGUAGUCUCCAUCAUGCUCUUCCUUCUCCUCCCUGGCUCGCCAGACGUACCCAAGCCCCUCGGAAGCAAAGGCUUCAUCCGCUUCUCAGAGAGUGAGCAGGAGGUCCUCCAGAAACGGCUCGAGCUCGAUGACAAGGAGAGGCGCCCGGGAGCUCAAGGUAUGCAUAUCCCGCUCAGUGUUGUGUGGAAGACCGUUCGCCAUUACCGCCGCUGGCCGCACUAUGUAUCGACGUUUGCGGUCUUCUCCACCUGGAGUCCGCUAACAACCUAUACGCCAUCCAUUAUCAUGGCCCUAGGAUUCGACCGCAUUACAGCCAAUGCGCUAGCCGCCGUGGGUGCCUCGCUAGCCUGUGUCGUGGUAUUCCUCUUCGCGUAUUUCAGCGACUGGACGAACAAGCGCGGCCUGUCGGUGAUUUCUGCCCACGCAUGCUACCUGAUCACCCUCAUCGUCGCGCGAUCCCUUCAUCCGCACGUUGGGAAGUGGUCUCGCUGGGGCCUGUGGACGGCUGUUAACAGCUUCGCUGUCGGUUACCACCCAGUGGCCCUCUCUUGGGUGCAGCUGAACUGUCGGGAUCCGCGUGAGAAAAGCAUCGCUAUUGCAAUGUGGGUAAUGUCUGCGAUUACCGGCCUCAUGGUAGGGACGCAAUACUACCGCGGAGAUGAUACGCCAUUCUAUAGUAACGGGCUACGAACGCAGACUAUCGCGGUAGGGAUUGGAAUGGUAUUCGCAAUCUUGCAGACGACGAUUUACAUUAUACAUAACAAGCGGGUUGCACAGGGGAAGCACACUGUUGCUGAAGGCAAAAGGCCAAGGAUAUAUGUACCUUGAGGUGUGGCUUCGCUAUUAGAAGAUGGAAAGACGGUAUAAUAAUAACAUAAUAGCCUAUUUAAUUUAUUCAGGGGUUAGUUGAGCGUAUGGUGAGGGUGACUUAAAG